UACGAUUGUGCCAAAGUAAGUUUUAUCAGCAUAUGCGAUAUGCAGUGUAAUAAUAAUCUUUGUUGAAUUUUAGACUGUCAAUACGUCAAUGCGUUUCUGUGCUUGACAGAUCAAUGUGUAAGUGGGUUACAGUCUUAAGGUGUGAAGAAAAGCAUUUAAUUUUAUUUCAAAUACAGAGAUAUAACUAUAGAAUAACAAUCACCGCUGUCAGUUUUGAGAGUUGCGAGAGCUUGUUUUAAUCUUCAGAUCUCCCAUGUUGAAAGGUUGUAAAGAAAAUUAAGGCUAUGCCGGCGACGCCCUUCGCAAUUUAGUCAUACCGGACGUCGGAAGCAAGUCCGCUUCAAAGCAGAAAUAGUUGUAACGUCCAGGAUAAAAGUCGCUUGAUUGUAAUAAUAAAAAGAGUGGAAUACGAUGGACAACAAAGGCAGAAAAGUCAUCGUCUGCGAUAAUGGAACAGGGUUUAUCAAGUGUGGCUACGCAGGAGCCAAUUUUCCAGCACACAUAUUUCCAUCUAUAGUAGGACGACCCAUCAUCCGUGCCGCCAAUAAAAUUGGAGACAUCGAAGUCAAGCAAGAAUUUUGUGUUCGUGACCUCAUGGUUGGUGAAGAAGCUAGUAAAUUACGAUCAAUGCUAGAGAUUAGUUAUCCAAUGCAAAAUGGUAUUGUUAGGAACUGGGAAGAUAUGUGUCAUGUGUGGGAUUAUACUUUUGGACCAGAAAAGAUGAACAUUGAUCCACGAGAAUGUAAAAUAUUGUUAACAGAGCCACCGAUGAACCCAAUAACAAAUAGAGAAAAAAUGAUAGAAGUAAUGUUUGAAAAGUAUCAAUUUUCUGGAACGCAUAUUGCAAUUCAAGCUGUACUAACACUGUAUGCUCAGGGUUUGAUUAGUGGUGUCGUUGUUGAUUCUGGCGAUGGUGUAACUCAUAUAUGUCCAGUAUAUGAAGAAUAUGCUUUACCACAUCUCACUCGAAGGUUAGAUAUUGCUGGACGUGAUAUAACUAUGUACCUCAUUAAGCUGCUACUGCAACGUGGUUAUGCAUUUAAUCAUUCAGCAGACUUUGAAACUGUAAGAAUGAUAAAGGAAAAAUUAUGCUAUAUUGGAUAUGAUAUUGAAACAGAGGAAAAAUUAGCAGUUGAAACAACUGUUUUAGUAGAAUCGUAUACAUUACCAGAUGGUCGAGUAAUCAAAGUAGGAGGUGAAAGAUUUGCUGCUCCUGAAGCUCUGUUUCAGCCACAUUUGAUCAAUGUCGAAGCUCAAGGCAUUGCCGAAUUAGUAUUUAAUACAAUUCAGUCAGCUGAUAUUGAUAUGCGGAGCGAAUUAUACAAACACAUUGUACUUAGCGGUGGUAGUACUAUGUAUCCCGGCCUGCCUUCAAGACUUGAACGAGAAAUUAAGCAACUUUAUUUACAAAGAGUUUUAAAAAAUGAUACUACAAAGUUAAAUAAAUUCAAAAUUAAAAUCGAGGACUCGCCUAGAAGAAAAGACGUGGUAUUUAUUGGUGGAGCUGUGUUAGCCGAUAUAAUCAAAGAUCGAAAUAAUGUUUGGAUAAUGCGUGAAGAGUACGAAGAGAAGGGACUGAAUGUAAUGAAAAAAUUAGGAUCGCGUAAUGCCUGAGAGUAAAUGUUUUAUUUUUUCAAGAAAUGCAUUUACUAGUACUUAGGAAAAUAAACACUAAGUUAUCAGAAAGUUACAAA